UUACUGAAGGGACAGCGGCUGGACAGAGCAGAUGAAGGACAGUCUGAGCUGAGACGUCUUGGAGAGGAGGACAGAAAACGGUUGAGAAAGAAAAGAAACGAGGAGGCAGUGAAGUAACUCGGCAGUGACUGAACCUUACUGACCACAGAGGAGCCUGGUGGUUUGGAGAGAACUGAUUGGAAGCGCGGUUGCCGUAGCUACCUGAGGGACACUCUUGCGCUUGGUGCUGUAUAUUGUAUUCAUUUGCAGCAGGGUUUGCUGACUAGAGGCCUUGGCUGGCUUGCCAUUUAUUUACCAGAGGCCCUGGCUGGCUUGCAGUUUUAUUACCAUCUGUUGAUGACACAGCCACUGCCUUCCAUCAGAUAGCAACGUGCUACACAGUUCACCUACGCUCUCGCCGCCUUUCCAACACUGUGGAUAUUAGCCCUGCCAGUCAGAGGCGCGUCGCACCUCAGGACUGCCACUGUGCCAGUGUGUGUUUGUGGGAGCGUGAAAGUGUGUGUGUUGGAGCUGUGCGCAGUAGAGCGAGGCGCUUUGCUAGGCUGGGCUCAGCACCGUGUGAUGAGACAUAUCGCACCCACUGAUGGGUAGAAGUGAGGUUGGUGCUGUUACACAUUCGGUCUAAAAUUCGGUCUCAGUUUGGCACUUGUCGGAGCAGUGGCUUUUAAUAUUUGAUGUGUGUUUGAUGUAGCGUGGCGGGAUCUGUAGCUACUGGACUGAUUUCAUUCGCUUCAACUGCUACUGGCUUGAACACGAUAGCACAUAUGCUAGCUACAAUUGCAAGGCUAAUUAGUAUUUAUGAAGGACACAACUUGUAGUAUCAUUUUGAAGAAAAAAAGGCUUUUGUACUGUUAGCACUGAAGAACUAGCACUUUCUUCCCAAGAAAGCUCAUUGAGGUGUGUUUGUUUUUCUUUUGUUUUUUUUUUUCUCCCUUAUAGAGCUUGAGGCUUAUCUUUUCCUCAGAUGAAGUUGCAUAGAGCUGGUUCACCCUACCGCAAACCUGUAUUGAUCUGAUGUUUGAUGUAGCAUUGUUGCCGGUCUCGGUAUUGUGGAGAUAUGAGCAUUAGCUAGAAGGCACAACAGUCAGAGCUGAAGGCCAAGUCUUGUGGUAGAUACGAAAAUCAAAACUGUUGUGUGCUAUAGCAGCACUAACAAAGAAGCAACAACCCCCCAAAAAAGGCUUGUAGAGGUAUCAUACUGGUGGAUAGGCCAAGUUUGCUAACUAGUGUGUUAUUUUCGGCAUUACGACAGCAACAAUAACACAAUAGCAGCUGCAUUUUGUGUUGAAGAACUGUCAGACUGGUGGAUAGCGGCAACUUUGCAUGCUAAUGUAACUGCUAGCCGUGUCACUCUCUUGCACAAACUGUUGUGUAUAACAGCAGGAUUAACAGUGCUAAAAAGGAGCUAACAUCCAGAAAAAGCUAAAAGCUCCACAAAAAGGCAUCAUGUGCAAAAGAGUUUUUAUGCUGGUGGAAGAUUUGCUAGGAUAACGGCUGUAGAAGCUGUCUUGAUAAACAUUUUCGGCAGCAUUAAAAGCCUUAAAAAGGACUAAAGCGUUCUUACUCAUGAAAAAAUAGAUUUGCUAGCUGUAGCACACAGAAAUAAUUAGGGUUCUCUUAACCAAUCUGUGUUACAGCAGCAUUUACAGCCUCAAAACAGCAGAACGAACAGCUCCAUAAAGAGGCAUCUUCUGGUAAAAAGGGUGGACUGGAGAAAAGUGCCUAGCCGAGUUUGCUAGCUAGCAUCACAUUUGUGGUCACACAUUAUUCAGCAGUGCUCUCUUGACCUGUUCAGUGUUAACAACUGUUAAAAAGCCUCAUAAAAAAUAACAGCUCCCCAAAAAGAAAUCUUGUCUAGAAGAGCUUUCUGGUGGAAAGUGGCUAGCAAAAUUCGCUUGCUAGCGUGACGGCUGUAGCAGCACAAUAGCCUUUUCAGCAGUGCUCCCUUGGCCAAAUUGUUCUGUGUUGGCAUUAAAAGCCUCAAAAAAGAACUAACAGCUCCCCCAAAAGACAUCUUGUUCAGAAAAAUAGGCAGGAGAACAGUAAAUUCGCUUGUUAGCCACAGUGGUGGUGGCUACAGCUGCACAGUAUUAGCAGAACACUCUUGACAAGCUAUAGCCACCCCUGUUCCUUCGUGUGUGCUAUUCAUUAUCAAAGCGCAGAACAAAUUAACACAGUCUUUGCGUGUUAACAGUAGUCCUGGUUAAUAGCAUAAGUAAGUGUGGAAAUUAUGCAGCAUUAAGAGGGUUUUUUGUCCUUAAACAUGAAGGUUGGAGUACUUUAAUUUGUGGAGAUCAGCCAUGGGUUAUGAAAGAGUGCGUUAGCGCGACGAUGAGUGUUUGAAUGGUUGGGUACUGCUGGUGAAGUGUUAUAAUUAGCUGCACACUCGCUCUCCUCUGCUGUGUUAGCGUAGUGCUGUUUAGUGGUUAUAAUUUAGCUGAGGCUCAGCUGUGUGACAGCAAAGUCUGUGUGUGUGAGAGUGGAAUGAGUGUGUGUGUGAGAGAAGUGUGCUGGCCCCAGCUACAGAAGAGUCAUUGAUCAGCUUCUGAGACUCAAUACACAAUGAGACCAGGCCAGCGAUCUCUCCGUUUCACUCGUUCUCUCAGUGCCCUCGUUUUGCAGUCCACCAUUCUUCUCUCCCUCUGCUCGCGGGGACAGGCGGUGCAGGCAGAGAACGUGACUGUUUUGGAGGGAGGGACGGCACAGAUCUCCUGUCGCCUCCAGAACUAUGACGGCUCCAUAGUGGUCAUCCAGAACCCGCGCAGGCAGACGCUUUUCUUCAAUGGGACGCGAGCGCUGAAAGACGACCGUUUUCAGAUGGUUCUCUUCACGCCGCGUCUGGUGCGCAUCACCCUGAGCAACGUGAGUGUGUCGGAUGAGGGCGGCUACUUCUGCCAGCUAUACACUGACGACACACACCACCAGGUGGCCACACUGUCGGUGGUGGUGCCCCCGGAGGUGCCCUCAGUGGAGGUGAAGACAGAGGCAGUGGAGGGCGGAGAGGUAGAGCUCACCUGCUUGUCCCCCCGCAGCAAACCCCCCGCCACACUGCGCUGGGUCAGAGACCGCCGAGAAAUACCCGGUGUGGUGUCCCAGCAGGAGAACGGGAAGACGGUGAGUGUGUCCAACACCAUCCGUCUGCCCGUGGAGAGGAAGGAUAACGGCGCCGCCCUGAGCUGCGAGGCGUCUCACCCGGCACUGGUGGGCCAGAAGAGGGUGCGCCACUACCGCUUGGACGUACACUUCGCCCCCACUGUGAGGAUCAUCCCCCCCCAGGGAAUUCUCCGAGAGGGAGACUCGCUCAGCCUUACCUGCUCUGUCAAUGGAAAUCCACUGCCACGUAACAUCCAGUGGUCACGAGUGAACGACACUCUACCAGAGAGGGCAGAGAUAUCUGGCAACACCCUCGUCAUGUCUCGUCUCAGCCAGUCCCAUAACGGCACCUACCUGUGUCAGGCACAUAACAAUUACGGCCGUGCCGCUGACCACUACAUGCUGCUGGUGUACGAGAAUGUAUCUGUGUCUGUUACUCCAUCCUCCACCUCAUCCCCCACCCCUUCAUCCCCCAGUUUAGAGUUGGAACCCAGAGACCCCGGGGCGGUGGUGGAGACCCACAGUGCAGUACCAUAUGCGGUCAUAGGGGGCGUUCUGGCUCUGCUGGUUUUCACCAUCAUCUGCGUACUCAUCGUUACCAUCUGGUGCUCCGUCCGACAGAAAGGCUCGUAUCUGACACAUGAAGCGAGUGGUCUGGAUGAGCACGGUGAGGUGCAGGAAGCAUUUCUCAACGGGAAUGACACAAGUCAGGGCAAGAAGGAGUAUCUACUGUAACAGCCUGCAGUGGACGGCCACAGAGCGGACACCACAGCCACUCACACAAACACACACACACACACACACACACACACACACACACACAGCCCUCUUCAUAUCCACCAGAGCAGUGCCAUAUGAGGGCUGAGAGAGAGACAGUAAGAGCGAGAGAGAGAGAUAGUCUGGAGAGGACACUAAAUAACAGGUCACUAUUACGGAAAAACAUAUUUGUCUCGUUUUUAUGAAAUAAGAAAGUUUAAUGUAGUAUGUAAACAUUGUUAAGGUUUUAAAAUGUACUGUUCGUUCCCCAGUCCAUACAUGUGAACUAAGCUGUUUUGAAUUCAUCAUGGUUGUGAUGUCACAUCCAUGAACACAUUUACAUAUAAUCUUCCAUUCAGCCCACAGCAGUUCAGCUGCCCAUUCAUGUUGAAGUGACAAAGAGUGUUGUUCCUGUGGACAGUCUGUAGCAGAGUUGUUGGAGUGGAAGAUACGGGAAAACAAUUAAACGUUGUGCUGUUCCUGGCUGUCAGGAAGGCAAAUGAAUCAUUGCAGGUUCCCAAACGAUCCACGUGUUAAAAAGAAGCGACUUAAGUUUAUUUUUUUCAUGUUCCUUAGGCUGGCUAUACGCGGUGAAACUUUUAUGCAACUUUUAUUUUAUUUUGCGACAAAGUUAGUUUCCUACAAAAUAAUUUCAGUGCAAUUUGACAGUUACACAGAGCAGUUAAAAAAAUAGCCAAAUUAGUAGCUUGUAUUUUUUGAUGCACCAUAUAAUUUUUACUAUAAAGUCAUCCGUGAGGUCUUAUUGACAUAUUUGCAGCACUUCUAUCUUGGUUUUAUUCUAUAAAUCUAUAUAUUGUUCUUUUAUAUAUCUAUCAAGGGUUAUUUGCAAUAUAUUUGUUUUUUAUAUGUACAGAGUAUGUUAUUUAGCAUUAGCAUUAGCUGGCUAAUUAAGCUAGCUGUUUACAGAAACAUUAGCUUCAAGAAACCCAUUUGUUGUCAUGGCAAAGGAAUCUGACAAAAUGAAAAACUAUCAAGCUUCUGUAAAGCCAGUCAGGGGGGUCUCUUUUUCAGUUGGCUAAUUUUCUGUUGUUGUCCAUUUGUUGUCCACUGAUUGGUAAAAGCCAUCGUUCGGAAUUAUAUUGUGUGACAUGAUCGUGUAAUGUGUUAUUGCCAUUUUUGAUUGGCUGGUUGAGAAAUAUGUAACUGUUGCGGCAACAAGUGAGUUGCAGGACACUUUGUUAUGCAACUCAAGUGCAACUUAGUUUCAUGUAGGUUUUAAGCAACUACAGUUUCACCGUGUGAAGCCAGCCUUAGGAUUACAGUCCUAAUUUCCACCUCUCACCACAAAACAGAUCAGCCAAUAAGAACAGAGAUCAUUUACAUAUAUAAAUCUUAAAGACCCAGCAAUAAAAAACAGGCCGUUUAAUUCAAAAUGCAAAAAUGAAUUCUGACUGUUUUGGUACAAAAACCCACACACAGUUAUAAGUGGACUUCAGAAGAAAAUCUGAAAAAUGUAGAAUAUGGGCUCUAUUACACAAUAUCCCUAUUCCUGUUCCUAAGCAGUGAGUAGGAGUCAUCAGAGAAAAGAGGCUCUCACUCCUGCUAGAAUCAGGCUGAUCCAUAGCAGCACACACACUAUCGAAUGUUCCAAUGUAAACAAACGAACCAUUCUGCCAGCUUUUCAGCUUUCAGACUCCAAUCAAAGGCAAUCAGAAAUAAACCCCCUGAUGAUCCCUGAGUACAUCAUCCUUCACUCAUAAAUAAUUUGCACCAGCUCCUAGAUAUUGGCUGGUCAGAAACUAGAGAUGCACCAACUUAGAAUUUCUAGGCCAAUAACGAUUUAUUAGCUUUUUUUAUAUAACAAGAAUUCCACACUGAGUGGUUUUCCAGAUCCAGAUUAAAGAGGUCCUAUUAUGCUAAUAUUCAGUGUUCAUACUUUUAUUUUAUUUUUGGUGUCUACUAAAUUAGAUCUACAUGUUUCAAUGUUGCAAAAACACAUUUUUUCUCAUACAGUACCUCUCUUUUUACCCUCUGUCAGAAAACUCUGUUAGAGUUUCAGUGUCUUUAAGCCCCACCUCCUGAUGAGCCCAGUGUGCUCUGAUUGGUCAGCUUGCCCAUUCUAUUCUGACUGGUCAGUCUGAUUGAAAGCAGUAGCAGCAUCCUGCUACACGUUCUGGCCCUACAUGUUCCGCCCCUGUCUUGCGGUCUGCACACAGACCCCUCUUUCCUGAGUGGCUGUGAACAGCUGUGGCUGUUCUUACAAUGUCUUCUGUUCUGCCAUGUCAUGACCUAAAUGUCAGGUCACCGUCUUCUCGACAUGGCUACAAAGCUGAACCAACUCUUUUCGGCCUCCGGUAGUUGCUGUGUGUGAGGGCAUGCUAAGCUUGCCAGAAGGCAGGCAGUAAGGACUGUGCCAUGAGAUUGCAUCAUCUUGUAACAAAGGAAAAGAGCUGGAAGUCCAACAAAGCCUUUCAGACAGCUGAGAAGAGUGGGAGGAAGUUGCUCCCUGUGGUGUGUACUUUGGGCUUUAUAACUUUGCAGACCGUUUUCAUGCACAAAAAGCUACAUAACACACAAAACGAAAGGAAGAAACCGAAAAGCAUAAUAGGUCCUUAAGGUCUUUAAGGCUAACUCUUUAAGGCUGACUGGAAAGAAUUUUCCGAUAUUGAUUCACCGUUGACACUAAACGGCAAUGUCAAUGGUGAAUCACUAGUGACAUUUCAAUAGUGUUUCACCAUUGACUUCGCAAUGUAGUCCAAGACUUGGCUUCCACUGACUUGAGAGUGGUUGGAUGUGAAAUGCUAUAUUAUACAUAAACUUACAGACUUACAGACUUCUUUAUAGUGCUGGUGGUCGGCACCAGGGGUCACAGUGUGUACAACACAAAUGUAGCCAAAUUAUUUGAUGUCAAAACAAUCAGUGAGUCUACACGUGUCACAGAUUUUUAUGUGUCUCUGGGGAAUAUUUUGCCACACAAUGCCAGGCAUGUGGCCCUCCACCAUGAAUGGUUUUAAACCAAAAUCCUUCUUGGGCAUCAGGCAGCAUAUUCGUAACCACCAUGUCAUAACUUUCUUUGUUUUUUUUUUCCCCCAAUUGUUUCCCCAAUUUAGUCGUCUCCAAUUCCACCCACUAGUUAGGAUUCCCCCAAUCACACGACACCAGCUCUAGGAGGGUGAAGGCUAGCACAGGCUUCCUUCUAGUCCUGUGAAGCGCCAUUGCAUCUUUUCAAACUGCUGUUCAUGCAAUGUCACUGGACAGCCGAGGCGGGGCCAUCCUGCCCACCCAGAGAGAGUGAGGCCAAUUAUGGUUUCUUGGACUCCUGACCACGAAUGGCUGUUUUAUCACCAGGGAUCUUACUUGCAAUCUCAUGAUGAUAGGGCCAACACUUAGACGGUUGUCCUAUUUGGGAUUCCCGCCUCAUGUAAUAACUUUCUUUGAGGGAGCUUUUGGAGGAACUCUGGUCUGGUUCCUGUCACCACCCAUGUGAACAAUUCUGACUCGGUCAUUUUAAGCCUUUUACAUCUAACAACUUUCAAUGAUUUUACAUGUUAAGCAUUUAACCAUGCAGACAUUGAAAAAGAAACAGUGGAUUUUAGUGGAAUAACUUUCUGUGAGGGAGCUUGUAGGCUGUGUUCAGACUGCAGACAAAUCAGAUUUGUUUCUCAAAUCAGAUAUUUUGAGGUGACUGUCAGUACUGACAUUUGCAAGUGAUCAGAUCAGACUUGUGAGUCCAGACAUCACCGACCUAUUUGUAUGGGUUGCUAUGGUAACGACGUAGACGUCAGUAGCCACGUAGCUACGCUGGUGACGUGGAUUUCAAACUUGGAUGCAGAAGAGAUGGAGGUGCAUCAUCUCGCCCUCCAAAUUCUCUGGCGUAAGCAUGAUUCUUUGGUGCUCUUCUUGACUCCCAGCGCUUCUGCCACUCUGGAUUUGACAUCGUUGUUGUUUGUUAUGUUCCGAGUAAUGCAAAAGACACGUUGGAAUCCGAUCUGAGUAACCAUAGUGUCCAGACUGAGACACUUCUGUUGAAAUCCAAUUGGAAUGGCAUUUCAAACCACCUCCAAAUGUGGUUUGGAUCCGAUUUGCAUGUAGUUUCUAGCUGUCCACACUAUCAAAUCAAUCUGGGUACAAUGCCAAAAAUCGGAUUUGGGCUGGCACUCUGAGCAUAGCCUUAUAGACAGUAAACCUUUCAGACGUUUGGGUCCAACCACAAUCACUGAGAUCUGCUCUGGCUUGGCUGGAUGAUUACAUCUUAACCGUGUAGAGAUUCAGAAAAAUCGGUGGAAUUCCUCUUCAUUCCAUGUCCAGGGAACAAGCACUAUAGAUGUUAGCUGCUCACGCUAGCUGCCUAGUGUAUAUAAACUGGUGGGAUGAUGACUUUUCAAAUGAUGAAUUAAAUUACCUCAACAUCUUCCAUUCUUCAAAGAAAACGUUUGUUUUUUCUUCUUAAACUGGGAAAAAAAUGUGCCAGCUUAAUGGUCAUAACUCCAAUAUUGGACAGAUAAUCGAAUUUUCCAAUAUAUCGUGCAACCCACACCCUCAACUCGGUCUUAUCGCCUCUCCAUCUCUCUCUCUCUUAUUUGUUUAUUAAUAAUAAAGGCAUUAGAAGUGUCCUCUUUGAGAACUGGGCGAAGCUGGAAGGUUACAGUCAGGAGUUAUUGGAGCCCUCUUGACCGGGAAAUGACGAGAAUCAGGAAAGUGACUGAAAGAAAGUCGAGAAGGAAUAUUUUUGAAUGCUACAUAUACACAAACACCUACAUACUCACACAUACUCAACAAACACAAACGAAACAUAUCUCUUAAGUCAUUAUUUGUACAAAAAAGUCAAAGUAAAUUAAACAAACCUUUUAAGAAGUGAACA